AUGCGCCGUCAGUGGCGCCAUCUGGCAUUCAGUGGUGACGAGUGGCUGGUGCUGCGGCUGAUGCUGUGCUCUCAUGCUCAUCGCUCCAUUGCCAUGAAGCAAACGAAUCCCCACCGUAACUCUCUGCCGCCUUCGCAUCUUCCUCCCGGCAUGGGUUCCACCUCCACCUCCACCUCUGACCUCCCCCGGCCGUUCCUCCACACCUGGGUCCAAUCCCUCAAGUCCCGACGCAAAGAACAACUGGACUACUUCCCCAGUUACCACGUGUCCGACCCCGAGUGCCUAGUAGCGACAUGCCAACCCCAGUCCAUCACCGUGGGCAGCGGCGCCUAUAUUUACAAGCACACCAUCUUGCCGGCCCUCCUCGCCGCGCGCCACGAGAUCAUCCUGGUCACCUGCUUUUGGGCGCCUUCCGAGUCCCUGCAGGCCAUCCAGGACGCCCUAGCCGGCCUAGUCGACCGUCGCCGCGCCGCCAUCGAGGCCCCGAACAACGACCCAGACUCGAUCCCGCCUCUCCGCAUCCGCAUCCGCUUCUCCUCCCGCUCCUUCUUCCAGAAGCUUUUCCACACCUGGUCCCCCGCCGGUCACGUCUACCCACCCUCUGCGUGGCCCGGGCUGGGCCUCCCGGCCGACGAGGUCCUCCGGGCGGCCCGCAUCGAGCUGUCGGUCAAGACCCUCUUCUUCCUCCCCUUCAGCGUCAUGCACCCCAAGUUCGUCGUCAUUGACCGCCAGCGAGCUUGGAUGCCCAGCUGCAACGUCAGCUGGGAGACCUGGUUCGAAGGAUGCCUCGAGUUCACCGGCCCGGCGGUGGGUAAGCUGCUGCGCUUCUACGGCCACGUGUGGGAAUGGGGCAACUACGAGGAUUGGUUAAAGGAGAGUACUGUUUGGGACAAUCGUGUAGCAGCCCAAGUCCCUCCGAAAAGUAAUAAUGCCGUCGGGGUCGUCGGACCCAUCCCGAACGGUUCUAACCCGGCCUGCCGGACGCUGGCGUUAAAUAUGCCUCCCACGCCAGCCAUCAUCCUCCCCUCCUCCCACCACCGCAACCCCGGCUUUCGCUUCAUCCCCUUCCUUCGACGAACUUGCCCGCCCGCCACCCCCCUCAACAUGGCCCUCCUGACACUGUUCGCCACGGCCCGGAAGCAAAUCGAUAUCCUGACCCCGAACUUGACGUCCCGCGCCGUGGUCGACGCCCUCCUCUCCGCCCUGGCCCGAGGCGUCCACGUCCGCAUCCGCACCAGCCGCAACAUGAUGCUCCUCGAACAGCUCGCCACCGCUUUCACAACCACGGAGCGUACCCUCCAGUCCUUGAUCCAGCGCUAUACCGCCGCCGUGGCCCACUGGGAAGAAGCAGCACGCCGUGCUUCGGACAUCGAGGCCCAGGACCAGGAUCCCCGGCCGGGCCGCCUCGAGGUGUAUUACUACCGACCCGACGCCGCGGCGCAGGCGGCGGGGGAGAAAGAGGAGGAGCCGGUGGUGUCGCACCUCAAAAUGACGCUUGUGGAUAAGGAGUUCCUCGUCCUGGGCUCCGGUAACAUGGACCGCGCGAGUUGGCAUACGAGCCAGGAAUUGGGGAUUUUGCUGUACGUCCCCCGGUUCGAGCACGAUGUCUGGGCCGAAGUGCUCGAGACCCGGAUGGAGGUUCGGUUUGUUGGAGGGCCGGACCAGGAGAUGUAA